AAAAACUCAUAUCUCAAGAAUAUUGAAAUCCAACGGUUUCGAGUCUCGCCCCUCCCGCCCCUUAUUCGGUUGACCAGCCCAGAAUACAGUACCAGCGAAGCCACCACCAGGUUCGAGAGAGAGAGAGAUGUGUGGAAGGGCUCGUUGUACUCUGAGAGCCGACGACGUCCCCAGAGCUUGCCAUCGCAACAAUGGCUCAGUCCGUACGGUUAAUAUGGACCGGUAUCGCCCAUCGUACAAUGUCUCGCCGGGAUCGAACAUUCCUGUCGUUCGCAGAGAAGACGGCUCCGAUGGCGAAGGUUUCGUCGUCCAUUGCAUGAAAUGGGGACUAAUUCCCAGUUUCACUAAGAAAACUGACAAACCUGAUCACUAUAAGAUGUUUAAUGCUCGGUCUGAGUCGAUAGGUGAAAAGGUUUCUUUCCGUCGUCUAAUUCCUAAAAGCCGGUGCCUUGUUGCAGUUGAAGGAUUCUAUGAGUGGAAAAAGGAUGGGUCGAAAAAACAACCUUACUACAUUCAUUUCAAGGACGGUCGCCCUCUUGUGUUUGCUGCUCUUUACGAUUCUUGGGAAAACUAUCUUGUGACAGCUAUUGUAAUUCCUGCAGGGGAGAUACUUUACACCUUCACGAUUCUUACGAUUUCUUCUUCUUCAGCUUUGGGAUGGUUGCAUGACCGGAUGCCUGUUAUUUUUGGUGACAAGGAGUCGAGUGAUGCAUGGCUGACUGGUUCAUCUUCCAAAGUUGGUGCAUUGCUUAAGCCGUAUGAAGAUCCAGAUUUGGUUUGGUACCCAGUUACACCAGCAAUGGGGAAGCCAUCUUUUGACGGGCCCGAGUGCAUUGAGAUGAAGUUGAAAGCAGAUGGAAAUAUCCCGAUAUCAAAAUUUUUCUCAGCAAAGGGAACCAAAAAAGAAGCGGACUUAAACCCAGAGGAGAGUUCUUCCAAGGUUGAUUCCGCAAAAUGCUUGGAAGAAAAGCCUGAAUCAAAAGCGAACAGGGGACCUUUCUCUUCAACUGAAAAAGGAGAAGCUGACUCCAAAUCUAGUGUCUCUUCAUUUUCUCAGGGCGGUGCAGAGAAGUGCCAAAUAAAGCGCGACCAUGAAAAGCUUUCAGCUGAUUCAAAGUCGAAUACAGAUGAAACUAAGAAGCUGUUUGACAGUCCAGGGAGAAAGAAAGUAAAAUUGAAGAGUGCUGGCGAUUAUAAACAGCCAACAGUACUUGCAUAUUUUGGUAAAAAGUAAUCAUGGAUGUGAACUUUUCUUGUGCCCCAUAUGCAUAUAGGGGGAUUUCGUGAUGGUCAAGAAAUUGAUGACCCUCUGUUUUUUUUUUCCCUCUAUAAAGUAGCCUUCAAUCUGUAGUUACAAGCAGAUCUGUUUUGGGCCUUCUGGCCAAGUUCAAAUCGCUUUGUUGUGAUUGUGCAUUUCGUUUACCUAUCAAACAGUGUAACUUGUGCCAAUGAAAGCUGAUCUU